AUGGCUUUGGCGAGAGCAUCACGGGCGGCACUUGCUUCGCUAGCGCGCAAUGUGAAGUCUACCACAAGGGAUGUUGCAGUGAAGUUAGAAAUUAAGUUGGAAGGGGAGCGACUAAAAAUCUCAUGA